UGGGAUGAGAGAGAGAGAGAGAGGAGCAAACUUCACUACUGAGCUGGAAAGUUGAAUGAAAGCGAGCGGCUGAUGGAUACAGUGUGGCGCAGAGCCUGAUACAUUUCAGGAAACUGACACAUUGUAUCCAGCUGGCGGGGGAGUUCCCCCCGGGUCCUCCCUCCUGCAACAUGGGCGGCUGUAGCAAGGCAGAAGUUUACCAAAAGUUCCUGGCUUUCCACCAGAAGGAUUUCAUCGCCGGCAGCCUGUCGCCCUGCACCGGGGCUGAAGAGCUCCGCCGAGGCAAGGAGUUUCUCGAUUCGGUGCCCUCUCCGUGCCAGCGCUUCCAGCAGCUGGAUUUCUACCGCCUGGCCCAGGAGUUUGUCGAAGCCAGGGGCGGAGAGGGGAUGAGGGAGCAGCCUCUCGGGGCCCUGGGUAAAGCUUUUGGGCUGCUGGAGCUGAUCUCCAUCAACCUGUAUCUGUGGCCCUGGAGAAAGGAGAUCAAGUCGAUCAAGACUUUCACAGGAGCCUUUGUCUACUUCAUUGAGCCGGUUUUUCCUCCUGAGGUCCUUCAAGGGGUCUUGGUGAAUUUGGGAUACACUCAGAAAGGAACCAGUGAAUAUGUGAUCUCCAAGCAGGUCAGCAAGGAAGAUAUUGGCCAACUUGGGUUUGAAUGUUUCUUAGCCAGGGCUGAGUGUGAGCUGAUGCAGGAGACUCUGGAGCAAGCCAUGCACAGUAGCUGUCAGGAUGUCGUGCAGAUGAGAUCUUGCAUGUCUCUCAAUCAGGCCGACUGCAUCAAACACUUGUUCGCAAUGAAAACUGGAUCUAGAAAUCUCAGUGAAUGGUCCGCUCCAGCGAGUGAGGGGCCCACAAAGUCAGCCCUGAGUUGUGAGGGAGGCCUUGAUGAGUCUGAGCUGCCCAGCUCACCCUUGCCACACUCUACCAACAACCAGGGAACCCUCAGGCUGCAGGAGGGAGCACUCGAGGAUAGAGAGAUGGACACUGCCAACGAUCCAUUGUCCAUCUCCAUGAUGUUUCCACCAGACAGCAUUGACCUGUACCGUGACUACACCGAUAUUGACAUCACCGGCAACUUGGGCUACACACACUCUCAGAUGCAGCUCAACACUGCCAAUCCCAGCGGGGAGACGGGGCAGUGUGACUCUCUGCUGGUCCUGGACCAGUCCAUGGUGCAAAGGGCACUAUCGGAAUCUCACAUCAAGUUGUCCCCAGGUCAAACCGGACCCCAGUCCUUGAGCUUUAUCCCCAAAUCAACCCUGAUUGCGUCUCUGUCAGAUAGUAAGAACCUGAAGAUUAGAGACAGGGCAGAUUUCGGUACAGGAGACCCAAAAGCCUCUUUGAAACAUGGUGGUGUACUGGAUGCCACCAGCCAGCUGUAUCCUGAGGGCAAACCAUCAGAGAAAAACUAUCAGAAAUUAGACGGCGCCUCAUCCGUGAAAUAUGGCAAGUUCCUGAAUGGGAAUUCCACCAGCCGGAAAAAGGAAAGUGACCCCCCUGUGGAGAUUGAGCUGAAGCACAUAGAUAAGGAGAAACUGCCCUACCCGACAGCUGAGACUUCUGGGCCUGCCCACUUUCACCCCACGAGACCUCCCCGAGCCUCGGAGGCCCAGUGUGUGGGUUUGAGCCAGGCCGAUCCAAUAGGAGGGCAGCAUCUUCGACAGACUCAUGCAGCCGACCAGCUUGCAGCCUGUCGGGUUCCCAGCAUUACCAGGUGCUGUGUGUGCUCCCCUCUGGACAUUCCCAGAUGUCAGCUGGCAGACCCCUCCGAGCUCAUGGGCAACAUGCUGCAGGAUGGAGGGGGCCAAAUUGUUCGAGAGCCCCCCCAGUCUUUCUACAUUCCACCUGACAGCCUGGAGGCUGGACCACCCACAGCCAUAUCCUGUGAUAUCUCCGGGUCUCGGAGGUGCCCUCACUGCAGCUCGGAGCUGUCUGCAAAUCAGCGCCAAGCUGUCUCCAAGGAUUGCCUUGAAAUCCAGGAGCUGUUGAUUGGAGAAAGCCCUGACCCUUAUGUCUGCGUGAGCAAGUUGCCAGAGGGCAGUGAUCAUGACAGGACAGCGAGGUGCAGUCACUGCAGAGGUGAGGAAGGCCUUUAAGUGUUGGCUUUCAGUGGGGGCCAUGCUCAGUGCUUGAGCUGACAACUGAGCCGAACUGUCCAGCCAUGUCUCGGAGUGUCCUGAGCCAGCUAAUCAUAGUCUGCUUAAUUGCCAAGAUGCUCUCAUUGCUGCCUCUGCGUCAGUCCCCAGGGCAGGGAGGGGAAAAUCAGCCAGGGCUGCCUUUCCCAGCAAAGUGGCCGAGUGCCUAAAUGUGGUUAUUUACUGGAGCUGCCAAAAGGCUAGUUGCCUGCUGGUCUUUUCCCAGAGGAGUGACCACUUGAGUGAAGCCCAAAGAGUGUUUGCAAAGCCCCUGCAGGUUCAACACCAUCAGGAGCAAUGGGGACUGAACAGUGACAACCAGCACAUCCAGAUGUGAAAACCAAUUGCUACCUCCUAUUGCAGCCGGUAUACCUUGCCGUUUGGACGAUUUCUGCCAAGAAGCCGUUUGCCCCAGUGAUCCCUGGGAUUGGUUUGUGGUGGCAAGACCACCUUCCUUUUUUUUUUACCAGAAACCCAAAGUGAAUGCUGCGUCUACCUUGGAGGGAGCACAAAGGACAAUCCAUUCAGUGAUGAGCCUAAACGUUCCAUUUUUAACUGGUUCUUGAGAGUUGGGUGUCACUGAAAAGUCUAGCUUUUAUACCCUGGAUACCCCUGAGAAGGAUUGACAGUGAAAUACACUCUUUUCUCCCAGUGAAGAGAGUCCUGUCUCAGCUGUUUCAGAUGACAGUUAGGCCUCAGCCAUAUUGAAAUGGGACUGGAGUCACCUGUAGGUACGGAAUGGGUAAACACAGCAGGUUUCCGCCUUUUGAACAACACAUAAGGAACCCAACAGGUCUCUUCAACAAAACAACAACUUUACAGCUGCUUUAGCUGAAACCUACUCUUUAUUCCUGGACAGUUAUUGAAGUGCUCAAUUAAACUUUUCAACUUAGCAAAGAAUAUUCCAGCUCUCACUCUGUAGGUUACAAGUCAUGAACAAGACCUCUCGGCCUCUGGAAAUGGGCAAUGGGUCCCUGCGGACAACAGGAUUAGAGUCACAUAAUAAAACAAAGAAUUGCGGACUCUUGAAAUCUGAAACACAAAUGGAAAUUGCUGGAGAAACUCAACAGGCCUGGCAGCAUCCGUGGAGAGAAAGCAGUGUUAACAUUUCAGGUCCAGCAACCUUUCUUCAGAACUGAUCAGAACUGAAAGGUUAGAGCCGUACCUAGCACAAAGGAAGACACUGAUGUGUGUUGGAGGUCAAUCAUCUCAGCUCCAGGACAUCUCUGCAGGAGUUCCUCAGGGUAGUGUCCUAGGCCCAACCAUCUCCAGCUGCUUCAUUAAUGACCUUGCCUUCAUUGGUUACAGUGACAAGAAACUGAACUGGACCAGCCAUUUAAAUAUAGCAGCUACAAGAAUACGCCAAAGGCUAGGAAUCUUAGUGCAUAACUCACCUCUUGACUCCUCAAAGCCUGCCCACCACCUCCGAGGCACAAGUCAGGAGCGUGAUGCAAUACUCCCCAGUUACCUGGAUGGGUGCAACUCCAAUAACACGCGAAGCUCACUGCCACUUGAUUGGCAUCCCAUCCACCACCUUCAUCAUCCAGUGCCUUCACCACGAAUCUACUCUGGCAGCACUGUGGAUCAUCUGUGAUAUGCACUGCUCACCAAGCCUCCCUUGACAGCACCUUCAAAAUCCAUAACGUCUGCAACCUCAAUACAAAUCCAUCGGAACACCGCCAUUAAACGCCCCCAUCGAAUCUACAUGCACCCAGACUUGAAAAUAUGUUGCCAUUCCUUCAGUGUCCCUGGGUCACAAUCCUGAAGUUUCUUUUCUAAAGGCAUUGUGGGUCAACUAACAGCACAUGGACUGCAGCGGUUCAAGAUGGCAGCUCACCACCACCUUCUCAAAGGACAGCUAGAGGUGGGCAAUAAAUGCUGGGCCAUCUAGUGGUGCCCAUAUCCUGUAAUGAAUUAAAAAAUACCCCUUUUUUUCUAGCCAAGAAUUGCGAGGGGUUUGAGGGAGGGAUAGACAAGAACUAACAUGAAGCUGACUAUCAUUGAGCUGCUAUCAUGUUGCCCCAAACGACUGGCAUGUUGGUCAGGGUUGACCAUAAUCCUGCAGGGCUAUUUCCAUGAUCCAUGUUACUGUCUGAUCAACACAUAAAGAUAUGCAUUAGGAGUAGGCCAUUCAGCCCCUCAAGCUUGCUUCGCCAUUCAGUAAUCUUGUGGCUAAUCUGAUUGCAACCUCAAAUCCAUAUUCCCACCUGCCCCGACGAACUUUCAACCACUUCCUUAUCAGGAAUCUCCCCACUCUGCCUUAAAAAUAUUCAAGGACUCUGCUUCCACUGCCUUUUCAGGAAGAGCGCUCCAAAACCUCCCACAUCUUUCCUGGGGGAGAAAAGAGUUGCUUGCUGUCUGUUUUAAAGGUGUGACCCCCUGAUUUUUAAACAGUCCCUCCCCCGUUCUGGAUAUCCCCCCCAAGGGAGGAAACAUCCUCUCAAUGUCCAAGACCCCUCAGAAUCUUGUUGUUUUCAUAGAGCAUUACAGCACAGUACAGGCCCUUCUGCCCUCGAUGCUGUGCCGACCUGUCAUAUCGAUCUCAAGCCCAUCUAACCUACACUAUUCCAUGUACAUCCAUAUGCUUAUCCAAUGACGACUUAAAUGUACCUAAAGUUGGCGAAUCUACGACCGUUGCAGGCAAAGCGUUCCAUUCCCUGACUACUCUCUGAGUAAAGAAACCACCUCUGACAUCUGUCCUAUAUCUUUCACGCCUCAAUUUAAAGCUAUGCCCCCUCAUGCUCGACGUCAGCAUCCUAGGAAAAAGGCUCUCCCUAUCCACCCUAUCUAACCCUCUGAUUAUUUUAUAUGUUUCAAUUAAGUCACCUCUCAACCAUCUCUGUAACGAAAACAGCCUCAAAUCCAUCAGCUUUUCCUCGUAAGGCCUUCCCUCCAUACCAGGCAACAUCCUAGUAAAUCUCCUCUGCACCCUUUCCAAAACUUCCACAUCCUUCUUAUAAUGCGGUGACCAGAACUGUACGCAAUACUCCAAGUCCGGUCGCACCAGAGUUUUGUACAGCUGCAGCAUAACCUCUUGGUUCCGGAACUCGAUCCCUCUAUUAAUAAAAGCUAAAACACUGUAUGCCUUCUUAACAGCCCUGUCAACCUGGGUGGCAACUUUCAAGGAUCUGUGGACAUGGCCACCGAGAUCUCUCUGCUCAUCUACACUACCAAGAAUCUUACCAUUAGCCCUGUACUUUGCCUUCCGGUUACUCCUACCAAAGCGCAUCGCCUCACACUUGUCUGCAUUAAACUCCAUUUACCACCUCUCAACCCAGCUCUCAAUCAAGAAACCUCUUACUGUUCUAAACCCAAUGGGUACAAACUCAGCCCGUCCAAACUUUCUUCAGACAACAACCCACCCAUUCCAGCUAUCGGCCUGGUUAGCCUUAUCUAAACCACCUCCAAUACAUUUACUGGUCUCCUUAUUUUAAGAAAGCUUGUACUGUACACAAUAGUCCUGAUAUGGUCUCACCAGUGCCCUCUAUAAUUGAAGUAUAACCUUCCUACUCUGAUAUUGAAUUCUUCUAAUAAGAAAUGAUAGAAUUCAAUUAACUUUCCUGAAUAGUUGCUGUUCUUGCACGCUCACCUUUUGCAGUUCAUACGUGGAAACUUCCAAAUCUCUGAGCUCUGUAAUCUCUCACCAUCAAUAUAAUGUGCGUUUGUUUUUACCUUCCUGCCAAAGCAGAUGAUUUCACGUCCUCACACAUUAUACUCAUUUUGGUACAUCUUUCCCCAUUUACUUAACCUUUACAUAUUUUUGUAACCUUGUGCCCUUUUCACAAUUUACUUUCCUUCCUGGCUUUGUGUCAUUAUCAAAUUUGCCAACCAUACCUUACAUCCCUUCAUCUGAGCCAAUUUUGUUCAUAGUAAACCAUUGAGAUCCCAGCAGCAUCCCCUAUGGCACAUUAAAAUUUGCCAACCUGAAAAGACCCAUUUAUUCCUACUCUGUACUCUGUUAGCAAGCCAAUCUUCUGCCCAUGGCAAGGAGUGGAGCUGGAUGAACACAGCAGGCCAAGCAGCAUCU